UCUAAUUUGGCGCCUUUCGCUUUGCAAUAAAAUUAAAGGAAACAACAAUAAGGCGUUGGUCUGAGGCCACCUCACGCUUCUCUCAGGUUCUUUCUGCAGAGGAGUCUACAUGUUCCUCUCUUUCCGACGGAUGCCAAACUCUCCCAUUCAAAUUACAUAGUCAAGAGUCCGGCCCAAAAAAAAAAUUACAUAGUCAAGAGAAACCCCGACUAUGGUUUUAGGGUUUCGGAUUUGGAAUUGCAAUUUCCUCGAGAGGAAUAUUUGAGAAUUACUAUUCAAUUGGCAUUAAUAAUAUGGGAGGCGAUGAUAUUAGUCGAGAUAAAAACAAUCCAUGGCAAUCAUCUAGCAGACCCCAUCAAGAGGAAGCCGAUGAUAUCAAACUUUGGGGAGUAUUUCUCUUCGGUCUAAUUGGUGCCACUGCUACCACUUUCGCUGUUGGUCAGCUGCGAAGGACUGUUGAAUGGUUCAAUGCUGAGUUAAAAAGGUCACAGUCAUCUUGGAAAGGAGGAACUGGCAGUUCUUUUCGCUCAACUUUUCAGGAGGAAGCGUGGAAAAGGUAUAAUCGUCGAAUGCAAGAGGAAUAUGAAGAGGAAAUGGAGAGAAUAGAACGAAUAAGGCGCAUGCAAAGUGUGUUUAACCGAGAGAGGAACAAGUACAAGAGAAGCUAUGAAAGCUGGAGGGAGAAUGAUCCAGGUUCAUAUCAUCAGCAGUUUCAGCGAGAUGAUUGGUAUUGGAAGACUGAUUCAUCCUUUAGAGAUCAGAGGACUAACUUUAGGACUCCACGAGAGAGUGCAAGCUACGCGUUAUCACAUCAUUACACAGUUUUGGGCCUUGAUAGGUCCAGAAAAACACCAUAUACUGAAGCUGAGAUUAAGAAAGCAUUCAGGGCCAAAGCAAAGGAGUUCCAUCCAGAUCAGAAUCAAGAUAAUAAAGUGAUUGCUGAGGCCAAGUUCAAAGAGGUAAUGAUAUCCUACGAGGCUAUUAAGCAAGAAAGAAAGGACACAAAAUUGUGAACAACCACAGGCCUAGAAGCUAGAAGAACAUCAACCCAUUUGUCAAUCACAUCCAUGAUAGUUUUGUUAUCUACUUAAGAUUGAAUUUGCUGCAAUUUAAUUUUGGGGCGAAUCAAUGUUGUAAUAAUGGGUUCGUAUUUUAGAGAGAGAGAGAGAGAUUUUGUAAAAAUAUAAUUCAUUAUGUUCAUUUAACAGAUUGAAUAAUUAAAGAAUCAUGUAUAUACUUAACAGGUGAAUGGGAGAAUCACAAUAAAUUCUUCAUUUGCCUGCUUGUA